UGCCCAGAAAAAUUCCAAUGAUAAAUAAUACGUCAAAUUUAUGCCGAUAACGAAAGCAGCGUACAUUCAACAAAGAAUUUAGUAAAGAAAACAUAUUUGAGAAGCAAUUGUCAGCGAUUGAUAUCUCUCUAGAUGCAAGUGACAAAAACUAAUAUCAACUCCAAUACUGAACCUAUAGACAUUUUUGUCUAUGAAGAGUAGUCUAAAAUAAUGUACAUAUGCUUAUAUGUAAACACCUACUAAAUGCCAUCGUUAAAACACGUCGAGAAUAUAUAAUAUUUUAGUGGAUAAAUAAAAUAUUGGGCAGUUUCGCUGGAGCAGCACCGAAAAAAUGCCACUGUUCGGCAAAAAGGAUUCUAGCAAAAAGAUGAAAAAGGACAACAAAGAGCUUAAUAAACAGACAUCUAUAGAAGAAAAGUAUAACCUGCAUGGAUUGCUUGGGACUGGCGCAUUUUCCGAGGUACGGCUGGCCGAAAGCAAGGAAAACCCCGGUGAGCAUUUUGCUGUUAAAAUCAUCGAUAAAAAAGCGUUAAAAGGAAAAGAGGAAUCGCUGGAAAAUGAAAUUCGGGUUCUUAGAAGGUUCAGUGCCAAUGAUCCCGAUAACGGAGCGCGAUUAACGCAUCCAAAUAUCGUACAACUCUUGGAGACCUUUGAAGACAAGUCGAAAGUUUACUUGGUCAUGGAAUUAGUAACUGGUGGCGAACUAUUUGAUCGCAUUGUUGAGAAAGGUUCAUAUACCGAAAAAGAUGCAUCUGGUCUUAUAAGACAAAUUCUUGAAGCCGUAGACUAUAUGCAUGAGCAAGGUGUGGUGCAUAGAGAUCUGAAGCCAGAAAACCUUCUUUACUACAGCCCGGAUGACGGUAGUAAAAUUAUGAUAAGCGAUUUUGGUUUGUCGAAAAUGGAGGAUUCAGGUAUAAUGGCUACAGCAUGUGGUACUCCUGGUUACGUAGCUCCAGAAGUCUUGGCACAAAAACCGUAUGGAAAAGCAGUCGAUGUUUGGAGCAUAGGAGUUAUAUCAUAUAUAUUACUCUGUGGCUAUCCACCGUUUUAUGAUGAAAAUGAUGCCAACUUAUUUGCCCAAAUUUUAAAAGGAGAGUUUGAGUUCGACUCACCGUACUGGGAUGAAAUAAGCGAGUCAGCAAAACAUUUUAUACAAAAUUUAAUGUGCGUAAAUGUGGAAAAACGUUACACCUGCAAGCAAGCCUUAGCACACCCUUGGAUUUCUGGCAAUGCUGCGAGUAAUAAAAAUAUUCAUGGCACCGUCUCUGAGCAACUUAAGAAGAACUUCGCCAAAUCACGUUGGAAACAAGCAUAUUAUGCCGCAACCGUUAUUCGACAAAUGCAGCGCAUGGCGUUAAGUAGUAACAGUAAUAGUACAGGUGGCAGUGGAGAUAGAAGUAAAAUUAAUCUGCUAUCAAAGGAAAGUACACAAGUAGACAGCAACAGUUGUGUAGAAUCUGAAGUAGCUGAAAGCUCUGCCAGUCAUCAUGGCGAGGAAGGAAGUUGUACUGAUAAUACUACCGCUACCAACAUAAGCUGCGGUGCUAAAUCAACGACGUCAGCUGAUAACAAACCAGCAACUGUCAUAGCAGGUGGGGAUAACCAACCGACCAACAGUAGUAAAAGCAACUCACCUGCUUGUGUGAAUGGUAGUGAACAAAACAAGUAAGCAUAUUCAUAUAAGAUGCGAAAAAAUACAAUCAGUCAAAAUGGACUAGAAAUUGUUUAUAAAUAUGUAUAUGGGACGUUCCACGUCAAGCGAAACAGGGCUCUUCCCAGAAUUCACGUUAAUUUAUUUUAAUGAUCGUGGGCUUAAAAUUUUUGUUAUUGAUCGUCCUUGAUGGGUCAAUAUGAUCUUUUGGAAAUCUUCAAAAUGUCGGCUCAACAUGACAGCGGGAAGCCUGAGAAAAAUCGAGUUCUUGAAUUAAAACACCUGUUAAACGAAAAAUUCAA